AUGACAGAUGAUAUAAAAGAUUCAUCUAAAGAACUUGAUACAUGGGUUGAACAAUUAAAAGAAUGUAAACAAUUACAAGAGAAUCAUGUAAAAUUUCUUUGUGAUCGCGCAAAAGAUAUUCUAUCAAAAGAAUCCAAUGUACAAGAAGUUCGAUGUCCAGUAACAGUUUGUGGUGAUGUACAUGGACAAUUUCAUGACUUAAUGGAACUAUUUAAAAUUGGUGGCAAUGCACCAGAUACAAAUUAUUUAUUCAUGGGCGACUAUGUUGAUCGUGGUUAUUAUUCAGUUGAAACUGUAACAUUGUUAGUCGCACUUAAAGUUCGCUAUAAAGAUCGAAUAACAAUUCUUCGUGGUAAUCAUGAAUCUCGACAGAUUACACAAGUAUACGGAUUUUAUGAUGAAUGCUUACGAAAAUAUGGCAAUGCUANAACUAUUUAA